GAUGAGCAGAUUGGCUGGAAGCCGUGCAGCCACUAUAAAUUGGAGUGAGCCGCACUUCACCAUGUACAAGUGUUACAGACUGGGUCGUGUGAAAAAUGGCAUCGGGCUGCUUCAGACUCACCACAGCAGUUUUGCUGACAGCAACGUGUCUGCUCCUCAUAGCAGUUGUUGAUUCUGCAGACAAAAUUACCACAUGCGAUUACGGCCAUUGGCAAGUCCAUCGUCUAUACUGUGAUCACGGAGUAAUCAACGUGCAGCAAGCUUUGUAUGGUCGCUCAAGCUCACUGGUCUGCGCCAAUGACAAACCUCAAAAGCAUCUGGCGAACACGCACUGCACUCAGCCAAACACUGCUAACAGGCUCAAGAAAAGUUGCAAUGGCAAGAAAUUAUGUGAAGUGAGCUUGGAGGAUUUCCGCAAACCUGACCCCUGUGUUGACACCUUCAAGUAUUUUCAGACCAACUUUACCUGCUUGCCAGCAAUUACUGUGGUGGCAUGUGAGGGAUCUGUGGCGCACUUGCAUUGCGGUUUCGGACAUGUUAUCUCCGUCUAUGGUGCAGACUACGGACGCCGUGACCGGACCACAUGUUCAUACAGAAGGGCAGCUCAUGAGCUAGAAAAUGUUGACUGCACACACCCAACUGACCUUGUUGCCAAAAUGUGCAAUGGAAAAUAUGGCUGUGCAAUCACCGCCAGCAACUUUGUUUUUGGAGACCCAUGCGUAACCAUUUACAAGUACUUGGAGAUUUCGUACACAUGUCAAUAUCCCACGAAACUUCAUGAGGACAUAUGUGGAAAGAGCACCAUCGUGACCAUUGCCACUCAUGAUGUACAGCUUCUCAAAGGUCCACUGGUGUAUGAUGCCAAACCUCCCACACAGCUCAAAAUCACGCCGUUAGGUCGGAAGGAAAUGACAGCCGUGGAGCUGAUGAGGCAUCUUCAACUGGAGGCUGAUGGGCUGAGGAAGCAGAAAAAGCAGCAGAAUGUCACUGGUCUUCACAAGUCAGUCCCAAAGUUUUAUUGA